UCCAAGAGUAUAAAAGAACGCGUGUGGAGUGGAGAACCAAAGUUUUAGAAAGGCGUUUUUUACGUUUUUAACGGUCCAGGACGCAACUCCAAGAGAUACAGUACGAUGGAGUGUUACUUGUUGCAGUGUUCUCUGCUGUUUACCCUGCUUGUGCAUGUUUUUGCAUUACCACCAAGAGAAGUAUGUCUCCUGCAACCGGACGAAGGGCCAUGCCAAGAUUCGAUCUCACGAUACUACUACAACACAUUGACUCAACAGUGUGAAGAAUUAUUUUACGGCGGAUGCUUGGGAAAUGCCAAUAAUUUCAUGACGUUUGAAGCCUGCCAGAAGACAUGCUGGAAGAUACCAAAGAUCCCCAGAAUCUGCAGGCUGGGGAAGGACGAGGGCCCUUGCCGGUCAAACCAUCAACGAUACUUCUUCAACAUGACCUCGAUGCGCUGCGAGCAGUUCAGCUACGGGGGCUGCUACGGCAACAACAACCGAUUCACAGAUCCAGUGACCUGCAAGGAGUACUGCGAACCUCAUAAAACUAUCCCUGCCGUCUGUCUUGGCCCGAUGGAUAAGGGAGGCUGUUCGGCAUCCAUACCGCGGUACUUCUACAACGUGAUCACGAAGUCGUGCGAAGAAUUCAUAUACACAGGCUGCGGAGGGAGCGGAAACAACUUCAUUUCACGGGAAAGUUGCACGGAGGCGUGCGUCAAAGGAAGGAAAUCAUUGAAAGCACUGUCAAGGGCAAGAAAAAUCCCCAGAAAACCUAUUCGCAGAUGGGCUUAAUCAUUUUUAGUUUCUGUUCCACAAUUUAUACCCGCUGAUGUUUUUUAUGUUCGUCACGUUUUUUAUGCGUCACAGGUAUUAGCAAUGUCACACAUACACUUGUUAUGCAAUUUCCACUUUUAUUUUUUCAGUACUAUUCCAGUACUGAACUCUGCUUGCACUGAACCUGACUGCAACAGAAAUGUUGGACUUUAGAUCUUAUAGGCUUUUAAUGGUAAUUGACAGUAUUAAGGAGGUAUGCCAUUUAUUGCUA